AUGCAGGUGGUUUUGAGAUCUAAACAUAGUUCUCAUGGUGUCGGUGGAAAAAGAAAAGGUAGUACGAGUAGUAAUCUAAAUAAUGAAGUUGAGAAAGUGAAACCAUUUUCAAGAAAAGGAAACAAAAUCAGAGAUAAAUCCAACAAUGGAGUUGAAGAAAUUAAAGGGAAACCAGAGAUGAUAAUGAAUGAGAUAAUAGAAAAUAGUUCAGUUCAAAGCUUAGACGAACUAGAUGUUGCUUGUGGGGAGAAAUGGAUGGCAAAUGACUUGGGAAAAGUCAAUUUUCCUUCGAUUUUUACUCAAGAUUGUGAAGAUGAAGAAACUUUGAAUGUUUACAAGAUGAUUGGAUCCUUUCUUACAAGAGGGCUUGUAAUGGUGUUUGGAUAUGCAUAUCCAGCCUAUGAAUGCUUCAAAGCAGUUGAGAGAAAUAAACCUGAUAUUGAACAACUUCGUUUUUGGUGCCAAUACUGGAUCUUAGUUGCUGUAUUGACUGUUUGUGAGAGGAUUGGUGACACGUUUGUUUCAUGGGUUCCAAUGUACAGUGAAGCAAAGUUAGCAUUCUACAUAUACUUGUGGUACCCAAAAACGAAGGGAACAAUAUAUGUAUAUGAUUCAUUCUUCAGGCCAUAUAUUUCAAAGCAUGAAACAGACAUUGAUAGAAAUUUAAUGGAAUUAAGAACAAGAGCUGGAGAUAUUCUUGUUUUGUAUUGGCAAAGAGCUGCAACUUAUGGUCAAACAAGAAUCUUUGACAUUCUUCAAUACGUUGCUUCACAGUCAACACCAAUACCACAGCCGCCUCAACCCGCUAGACCUCGACAACCGCCACAAAACCGCCGACCACCACCACCAUCUCAACAAGAACCAAAAGAGCCGCCAUCACCUUCUUCCACCACCUCCUCCUCAGCAUCAUCAUUUGAUUCAUCUCCUCAACAAGACAACCCAACCGCCAACCACCGCCCACAACCACCACCUGCCGCCGCUGCCAUCUCAAAAGCACAAAAAGCAAGCUCGUCACAAAGCGUGGCGGUGGUGGCACCGCCUGAUGACAUGGAGGUGGUGGAAACCGAGUCAAACCCUAAUCCGAAUCCUUCUGUGAAAGAGAUUGUGAUGGAAGAACCUACAAGGGUUUACACACGUGCGAGGUCGAGGAAAAAUAAUAGUGUUGUUAAUGUUGAAUGAUUAGGGAGUAGAUUAUGGAAAUGUUGGAAUCAUGGGUGUAACAUGUUUGUGUAUUUUCUUGCAAUAAAACUGUUUAUUUUAUUUUAUUUUUACUUAUUAUUUGUUGGUAGGAGGUUGGAGUUUUUUUUUGUAAAAAAAAAAAAGAACAAAAAAACAAACACACACAUUGAUCCGACUUUUUUCGAUUUCUAUACAUAAUAAUAG